ACCCGCCCCCUCCCCACGCAGAUAUCUGGGACCCCGGGAAGAACCCAGUGAUGCUGUUUCUGCAUGGUGGGUCCCACAUGGAAGGCACCGGGAACAUGUUGGAUGGCUCUGUCCUGGCCACCUACGGCAACGUCAUUGUAGCCACACUCAACUACCGGCUUGGGGUGCCUGGUUUUCUCAGCACUGGGGACCAGGCUGCAAAAGGCAACUACGGGCUCGUGGACCAGAUCCAGGCCCUGUGCUGGCUCAGUGAGAACAUUGCCCACUUUGGCGGCGACCCCGAGCGCAUCACCAUCUUCGGAUCUUGGGCAGGGGCCUCCUGUGUCAACAUUCUGAUCCUCUCCCACCAUUCGGAAGGGCUGUUCCAGAAGGCCAUCGCCCAGAGUGGCACUGCUAUCUCUAGCUGGUCUGUCAACUACCAGCCUCUCAAGUACAUGCGGCUGCUGGCGGCCAAGGUGGGCUGUGACCGGGAGGACAGCGCCGAGGCCGUGGAGUGUCUGUGCCGGAAGCCUUCUCGGGAGCUGGUGGACAAGGACAUACAGCCCGCCCGCUACCAUAUCGCCUUUGGGCCCGUGGUGGACGGUGACAUGGUCCCCGAUGACCCUGAGAUCCUCAUGCAGCAGGGAGAAUUCCUCAACUAUGACAUGCUCAUCGGUCUCAACCAGGGAGAGGGCCUCAAGUUCGUGGAGGACUCGGCGGAGAGCGAGGACGGCGUGUCCGCCAGCGCCUUCGACUUCACCAUCUCCAACUUUGUGGACAACCUGUAUGGCUACCCGGAGGGCAAGGAUGUGCUGCGGCAGACCAUCAAGUUUAUGUACACGGACUGGGCCGACAGGGACAAUGGCGAGAUGUGGCGCAAGACCCUGCUGGCGCUCUUUACUGGCCACCAGUGGGUGGCACCGGCUGUGGCCACCGCCAAGUUGCACGCUGACUACCAGUCCCCUGUCUACUUUUACACCUUCUACCACCACUGCCAGGCUGAGAGCCGGCCCGAGUGGGCAGAUGCAGCGCACGGGGAUGAGCUACCCUACGUCUUUGGUGUGCCCAUGGUGGGUGCCACCGACCUCUUCCCCUGCAACUUCUCCAAGAAUGAUGUCAUGCUCAGCGCCGUGGUCAUGACCUACUGGACCAACUUCGCCAAGACCGGCGACCCCAACCAGCCGGUGCCACAGGACACCAAGUUCAUCCACACCAAGCGCAACCGCUUCGAGGAGGUGGUGUGGAGCAAGUUCAACAGCAAGGAGAAGCAGUACCUGCACAUCGGCUUGAAGCCGCGCGUGCGCGCCAACUACCGCGCCAACAAGGUGGCCUUCUGGCUGGAGCUCGUGCCGCACCUGCACAACCUGCACACGGAGCUCUUCACCACCACCACGCGCCUCCCUCCCUACGCCACGUGCUGGCCGCCGCGCCCGCCCCCUGGUGCCCCCGGCACUCGCCGCCCCCCGCCUCCGGCCACCCUGCAGCCCGAGCCCAAGCCCGAGCCGGGCCCCCAGGCCUACGACCGCUUCCCCGGGGACUCCCGAGACUACUCCACGGAGCUCAGCGUCACCGUGGCCGUGGGCGCCUCCCUCCUCUUCCUCAACAUCCUUGCCUUCGCCGCCCUCUACUACAAGCGGGACCGGCGGCAGGAGCUGCGGUGCAGGCGGCUCAGCCUACCCCCCCGUCCCGGCGGCUCGGGCACCGGCGUGCCCGGCGGGGGCACCCUGCUCCCUGCUGCCGGCCGUGAGCUGCCACCCGAGGAGGAGCUGGUGUCGCUGCAGCUGAAGCGGGGGGGCGUCGGGGCGGAACCUGCGGAGGCCCUGCGCCCCUGCCCGCCCGACUACACCCUGGCCCUGCGCCGGGCGCCGGACGAUUUGCCACUCUUGGCCCCCGGGGCCCUGACCCUGCUGCCCAGCGGCCUGGGGCCACCACCUCCCCCGCCGCCCCCCUCCCUGCAUCCCUUUGGGCCCUUCCCCCCGCCUCCCCCCACCGCUACCAGCCACAACAACACGCUCCCCCAUCCCCACUCCACCACUCGGGUAUAGGGGGCGGCUCGGGGAAGCCCCCCUCCCCGGCCCUCCCGGCCAGCUCAGAAGGCAGGGAGGAGGACUUGGCGACAGGCUUUUGUCGUGUGGAGCUGUGACACAUCGAGGAGCUUUAGGUGGACAUGGGUUUCCUCGCCGGGAUGUGUGCGCUUCUCCCUCGCGGAGUGGCCCGUUCUCUUCUCUAGACCCGGGCCUUUGAACAACUGGGGGGGUGUUUUUUCCCCUCUGUCGUCUGGACACCCGUCUUUGGUGUGUGGAGACGUGGAAGUAUUUUCCCACGUGGAGGUGUGCUUUCUCACGAGGGGGUGAGAAACCAUGUGCAGGGUGAGGUUUUUUUUUGCCGCCCUGGACACAUGUUGGCUCCCCCAAAGAAUUUCUGUGGGGAUUUGUGCCCCCACCUCCUCCCUCCUCCCACCCCCUGGAGACCCUGGAAGUGGUGUGUUCACAAACAGCGACCCUUGGCCACCGGACGACGCAGGGUGGUGCCUGGGAAGUAGCGAGGAAAUCACAGCCCCCCUGCCCUGCCCCCAGCCCUCCCGCCCCAGCGAAGCAUGUGUAUCCCCCGUGGCACAAGUGAGGUGAAGCACGGUCUCCCCCGGGCAGGCCUCGCCUUCCACAGAUGACAGACACACAUUCCCUGCCACGGGGAAGAGAGGAGAUCUUGCAUCCCUGUGGUGCCUGGGAACUUGUCUUCCCCUGGGUCCAGGAUGCAUUUCUGAGUGGAAACAUGUUCUUGCAUGUGGAUGUACGUUUUCCCAUGCAGACAACCCCUUUCUCUCCAGCACUUCCCUGCAUUUUAGGGCCUCAGGCCCAGCACUUAACUUCUCACACAGCAGGUGUGAAAGGACUUCAAACUGACAGAAGCUGAGGGGGAGGGACAAACCCUGAGGAGAUGAACAGACCCUAAGCUCUGCCCUUCCUUCCCCUAGAGUUCGGGGGGUGGGGUGGGGUGGGGGGCUGCGUGGCACCUGCCACCCACAGAGGCCGUGCAUGUUUGACCAAAGCCCUCACCGCGGUCUGAGGGCAGCCCUUCUUCCCUCAGUCCUCAGACCGUCGCUCAUCCGUGCCAAACUGCUGAGGUGGGUUUGAGGGGCGAAGACCCCCCAAAACUUGCCAAGGAUUCCUCAGCCCUGGGCCAGGGCAGGUAGGAUACAGGAGAGGGGGAGGUGGCAGCUAAAGGGGUCCCGCCUGCGUCCCUCUUCUCGCCAUGUCUCAUCCCUCCCUCUCUGCCCCUGUUUUCCCUCCCCCCUUUGCCAUCCCCCUCUGAAGACAUCCCUUCCUGGUCUCAAGCCAGCUUCUCCCCUCAGCUGCCCACCCCCUCCUUUGACCUGCAUCCUCUCCCCUGGGCCCCCAGGGCUGAAGGAAAGGAGCAGUGGAGGGGGGAGGGGAGGAGAGCAGGGGAGAAAGUCUUCCCCGGACAGGUUGGGGGAGAGAACGGGGUCAGCUGUACUGAGGAACAGAUGGAGGGGGCAGUGGGGGACAGCGCUUGGGCAGACACCAGCAGGAAGAAUUUGAUUUGAAAGGAUGUGUGUAAGGUGACUGCCCAAAGAGAAACGGUUUGGGCCUCUGGGGAAAGGAACAAUGUCGGGAAGCGUUUCAAGGGACACCAGCCGAGAAGGAGCCAAUCCUCGUCUGCUGGCAUUUUGUGGGUUCAUUAGUGCCAAAUUUGAAUAAGGGGUGGAGUGCUGUCUUCCACUGACCCCCAAAUCCCUGGUCUUGGCUCCCCAGAACUUUGCCUCCUGACUGUCCCUUCUGCCCCCACCUCCACCCAUGGAAACUUAGUUCUUUUCCCACCCCUUCCCCUGCCUGGUCUAGCUCCUUUCCAAACAGCCCUGCCUUCUAAAUGCUAGGGACCUGGGCCCUGAACCCUGUAGACAGAUGCCCCCCAAACUGGGGCAUGGGAGGGGGGCUGGAGGACCCCAUGAUUCAGGCACGGACUCCAAUGCCCAGCCCCUGUCCCCAGAAAAAUUCCUUGACAAUCCCAUGUCCCCACCCCAACCCUUCGCGGCUCUGUACACAUUUUUAAACCUGGCAAAAGAUGAAGAGAAUAUUGUAAAUUGUCGGAGUCCAGCUCCAACGAGUCCAGGUAAACCUGAGGGAUGGACGGCGUCGGCGAAGGAAACAAGACCUGACACCCUUUGUAGAUGUCAGCACGUCAAGCACAAAUUUAUUUUUCAGAGCAGGUAUUUAUAUAUAGGCAGGUUUCAUCAUCAUGUACAAAAUCAAAACAUCUCAACAUGCUCUAACCUCAAAAUAUUUUUGUCAGUUUUCUGAAAAUGUCCCCAGUUUCUAGAUGUACUAACAAGAUAAUUCCCCAAGUUCUCAUUAGUUGCAGGUUAUUUUCUAAUAGUUAAGCCAAGCUAUUAUGAAAGUCUUUAAUACAGAAGUGCAAUCUUCGUGUUCUUUCUGCAUGGGCAAGUUUUUUUUUUUUAAAAACAUCUUUAUUGGGGUAUAAUUGCUUUACAAUGGUGUGUUAGUUUCUGCUUUAUAACAAAGUGAAUCAGUUAUACAUAUACAUAUGUUCCCAUAUCUCUUCCCUCUUGCGUCUCCCUCCCUCCCACCCCUCCAGGCGGUCACAAAGCACCGAGCUGAUCUCCCUGUGCUAUGCGGCUGCUUCCCACUAGCCAUCUACCUUACGUUUGGUAGUGUAUAUAUGUCCGUGCCUCUCUCUCGCUUUGUCACAGCUCACCCUUCCCUCUCCCCAUAUCCUCAAGUCCGUUCUCCAGCAGGUCUGUGUCUUUAUUCCUCUCUUACCCCUAGGUUCUUCAUGACACUUUUUUUCCUUAAAUGCAUGGGCAAGUUUUUUGAAUAGUGCCUUAAAAAUAUUUACAAUAUAUCCUACAGUUCCUGUGUACCUGACUCCACUAGUAGCACUUACAAUACCUCCUACGCUCCUGUUUAUCACCUGGCAAUUGUUGCCAGAGUAUUAACCUUUCUUUAUAGUGGACCCAUAUGAAAGCAAAAUCAUCAACAACCCCUUCGUAGGGCCACUGUUGUUCAAUUGGGGGUGUUUUUCAUAGGAACA